UCUGUUGUUUCCAAAUACUUUCACCUUAUAUCUGACUUACGAAACCAAAGAUGGCUGAGACUGUCCUUAAUGUUGUUGCUGAGGAAAUACUAGGCAAGCUGAUUUCACUUGCUACUGAGCAAAUCGGCCUUGCUUGGGGUUUUGAGGAGGAGCUGACACAACUUCGUGAGUCAGUAGAGAUGAUUCAAGACGUGUUAGCUGAUGCAGAGAGAAAGCAAGUGAGUGACCGGUUCGUGAUGCGUUGGUUGCAGAGGCUCAAAGAUGUUGCUUAUGAUGCUGAUGAUGUGCUGGAUGAGCUUGCUUAUGAGAUUCUCCGCCGAAAGGUAGAGAUCCGAAACCAAAUGAAGAGAAAGGUAUGCUUCUUCUUUUCACUUUCAAACCCCAUAGCAUUCCGUAUCAAGAUGGCCAACAAAGUUAAGACUAUUCAUGAAUCGCUAAAAAGGAUUAAUGAUGAAGCAAAUGGAUUUGGACUUAGUAGAGCAGGAUCGGUAUAUGGUAAUCCUGAGACUAUACCAAACCGAGAGACAGAUUCAUCUCUUGACCAUUCAGAAGUUGUAGGAAGGGAAGAUAGUGUUUCAGAAAUAGUGAAGUUAGUGACUAGUACAACUGGUCAACAACUCUCAGUCAUUCCCAUAGUAGGAAUGGCAGGUUUGGGAAAAACAACUUUAGCAAAACUAGUGUACAAUCAUGAGCUAGUAAAGAAUUAUUUUGAUAAGAAAAUAUGGGUAUGUGUCUCUGAUGAUUUUGAUGAUAAAAUGAUUUUAAGAGGGAUUCUUGAAUCCCUUACUGGUAAGCCAAGUCAAUUAGAAAUUAAGAAUGCAAUACUUCAAAACCUUCAAAAAGAGUUGCAAGGAAAAAGAUAUCUUCUCAUUCUUGAUGAUGUUUGGAAUGAAGAUUUUCUGAAAUGGGAUGCAUUAAGGGGUUGUUUGUUAGGAAUUAAUUCAAAUUUUGGAAACAAUAUUAUUGUAACAACCCGUAGUCACAAGGUGGCAGAAAUCAUGGAAACAGUUUCUCGACAUCAAUUAGAAAACCUAGAUGAUGAUGAAUGUUGGUCCAUAAUCAAGAAAAGGGUAUCUGCAGUUCCAUUAACUCCAGAUUUAGAGGCUAUUGGAAGAGACAUUGCUAAAAAAUGUGGAGGGGUUCCAUUAGUAGCAAAAGUUUUAGGAGGGACAAUGUCACUAAAAAAGGUGAAAAAUCAAUGGUUGACAAUUCAAAAUAGUGAAGUUUGGAGUAGCCUACAUGGUAGUAAUGACAUGUUACCAAUAUUAAAAUUAAGCUUUGAUUAUCUUUCAUCACCAUCUUUAAAACAAUGUUUUGCAUAUUGUUCAAUUUUUCCUAAAGAUUAUGUUAUGGACAAGGAAGAAUUAAUUCAACAAUAUUGGAUGGCUGAAGGGUUCCUUCAACCAUCUCAAGGAAGUGAUUUGGUGAUGGAGGAUAUUGGUUUUAUGUAUUUUGAUAUCUUGUUAGCAAAUUCCUUAUUGCAAGAUGCGGAAAAAGAUGCAUAUGAUAAUAUUGUGAGUUGUAAGAUGCAUGAUUUGGUACAUGACCUUGCCCUCUUAGUUUCAAAAUUUGAAACCUUGAUUGUGGACGGAGAUUCGGAGGUUGAUAUUAGUCAUGUCAGACGUUUAUCUAUCCAAUCUGAAGGAGAAACGAUACCAAGAAUUUCUUUUUCAAAAGACCGUGUUAAGAGAUUGCGCACGCUUGUUUCAAAUACUAAUGUGUUUGGCAACAUGUUAUCAAAUUUUAAACGCUUGCGUGUUCUGAAAUUGUCUGGGUUUAGCAUAAUAGAGUUAUCAGAAUCGAUUGGUCGGUUAAUACACUUGAGGUUUCUCCACAUCUCAUGUCCUAACAUCAAAGUAUUACCAAAGUCCAUCACCAAGCUCUACAAUUUGCAAACUUUGAAUGUUUGUGAUUGCGAUCGUCUCAGAGAGUUUCCAAAAGAUCUAAGAAAUUUGGUUAGCUUGAGAUAUAUUUUUGUUAGUAGUUGUGUUUACAUAUGUAGUUUACUGAAAGAUAUUGGGCAGUUGAAAUGUCUACAAACGUUUCCAUCUUUCUUUGUGAAACAAGAUGCAGGUCAUCGAAUCGGAGAAUUGGGGCAGUUAAAUCAACUUCGUCGAGUAUUAACCAUCUAUGAUCUGGAGAAUGUGAGAGAUAAAGAAGAAGCUAGAAGGGCAAAUUUAGCUGAAAAGGCCAAAAUAGACAGGUUAGGUUUUUACUGGGGUUAUAGUGCAAAUAAAAGAGAAGUCAAUUACAAUAAUGAUGAAGACGUGUUAGAAGGCCUCCAGCCUCAUCAAAAUUUGAAAUCCUUAAAAAUUGGUGGCUUCGGAGGAAAGAAAUUUCCAUUAUGGAUGUUGAGAAGUUGUGAUGCUAAGGAUGCUUUGUCGCUUUUUGACAAUUUGAUUGAAAUAAAUUUAAGCGGUUGCACAGAAUGUGAAGAAGUUCCCACCCUCGGAUGUCUACCCUGCCUUAAGUUUCUUGUUAUAGAGGGAAUGGAUAAAGUGACCUGCAUAGGAGUUAAGUUUUACACCAUGUACAGUGAUGACAGUCACAGAAAUGCAUUGUUCCCGGCAUUAAGAAAACUCAAAUUGAAGAACAUGAACUGCCUAGUGGAGUGGCAGGAUGUUAUGGAAGUGACAGCAGCACGUGUUGUAUUUCCUUGCCUUGAGGAGUUGACCAUUAAAGACUGUCCUCAACUGAGGAGUGCUCCAUGUCAUUUUCUAUCUCUCAAUAAAUUAAAGAUUCGUGGAGUUUGCAGCACCAUAUUUGAAAAUGUUAGCAGUAAGCUUACAAAACUCACGUCCCUCGAUGUUUCUUCAGUGUCAGAACUUGCUUUUCUGCCAAUGCAGAUUUUCUGUGCCUCUCUACGCUCACUUAAGAUAGAAAAAUGUGGGGAACUGAGUCAUAUACCGGACGCAUUGCACGCCCUCUUUUCCCUCGAGACCUUGGAGGUAAAGGGUUGUCCUAAGUUGAUGUCUUUUCCAAGUAUACAAGGUGUUGCAUCCCUUCUUCGACACUUGGCAAUAUCAUGUGGUGAUGAAGUUCUCCCAACUGGGUUGCAAUCCUGCACGUCUCUUCAAGAUUUGAGGAUAAGCGAUUGUCCUAAUCUGAUAUUAAUUCCAAAUCUACGAGAAUUACAGUCUCUUACCCAGUUAGAAAUUUGGCGAUGUCCCAAUCUGAAAUCAAUUGCAGAUCUAGAGGAAUUGCGCUCUCUUAACAAAUUAGCAAUUUGCAAAUGCCAAAAGUUGACAGGUCUACCCCAGGGAUUAAGGGAUUGUUUGAAGGGUUUGUCGAUCGGUGGGUUUUGUGAGGAGCUGGAUGUGUUCCCCAGUCUUAGUUCCAUCCAACACUUGCAUUCAUCCCUUGAAAGACUAUACUUAUAUGGUUGGGCUAAAAUCAACACUCUCCCAGAUGAAAUUCAACACUUUACUGCCCUUAAACAUCUGUACAUAGGAGAAUUUGAUGAAAUAGAAGCGUUGCCUGAGUGGUUGGGCAACCUUUCUUCUCUUCGAAGGUUGGAUAUUAAAGGUUGCAAAAACUUGUUGCAUCUUCCAACAGUGCAAGCAAUGCAAAACAUAAUCAUGUUAUUGAUUAAUGAUUGCCCUAAAUUAAAGGAAAGAUGUACAAAGGGGAGCGGUGCAGAGUGGUCGAAGGUUUCCCACAUUCCAAUUCUUCGGAUCGAUUUUUACUUUUUAGAAGGCGCAGAAGAAGAACGAGAAAAAUAUAAUGGAUUUCUCUCUUCGCUAAUUGAAGAAGAAAUUGAAAACCUUACCAUUCAAAAAGAAAAGGCCCGACAUGACCCAUAUUCCAAAUAUAAAAAAAUUAUCCGGUUAUUUCGUGGCUGUUAAACAAGAUGGAAAAGAACUGAAAUGCAUUAAUGUACAAAAAAUUUCAGGUCCAGUGGGAGCAUCACUUUGUAACCUGAUCCAUCUUGAACCCCUUCAUCACGCUUGAUAUCUUACCAACAACACGGAUAAUAUCUAAUUUUAAAAAUCAAGAUCUAUAGCACAAGCAUGGGCAAAUUCAGGAAGAUGGGUGAUCAUGCUAGUGAAAAUUCUGUGAUAUAAGAUUUUGCUAAUUUCUGGAGCAAAUUCAGGAAGAUGUGCAAUCCAUUUCAAUAGAGAUGCUCUCUGGUGUUUGAUAAAGUAUUAGAAUUUACUACCAUCUGAUGCUCACUUGACGAAAAAAGCCGAAUAUUUCCUACUGUUUGCUGACAGAGUGAUCAAAUAUGGACAUAUACCAUUCCAAGAAUCUUGUUAUGCCCGGGUGUUAAUUUGAUUCUUAUCUGGUUGAAGUUCAUUAAAAUUUGUGAGUUUCCUCCAAUCUCAUUUUCUUCUCUUCUGAUGUCUCCCUUUUAACAAAAUGUAACCUUCAUGAUUUCUCUAUUUCGUGUACUUAUAAAAAAAAA